UGUUACGCACUGAAUAUGGAGCAGCAAUUGAUUUUUAUUUUGGCAGCAAAUUAAAGGCUAAAAAAGCAGGCGAUAAAGUUUUAGUUCCUGACCCAAAAAGCAUAAUAAUUAAAAUUCGCAGCAAAUUCGCAAGUAAAGGGAUGGCGGCCGAAUGGUUAUCUAGUUAUUAUAAUAUUCCUUUCUCCAACACUAUUGCUUUUGGUAAUGAUAUUAAUGAUGUGGAAUUAAUCCGCACGGUUGGCAAAGGUAUUGCGAUGGCAGAUAGUAUCCAUUACUUAAAAGCCUACGCUCAUGGCAUAACUGAUUUUGGACUCCUUAAUAGCGACGGAGUGGCAGGUGUAGAUGAAGAUGGAGAAGAAAUCUUUUUAGUUACAGAAGAAAAAGAUAAGUAUGAACGCGAGUUAAAUUUUGAGAAAGAAUUUUUAGUUUUGUCUAUUGAAAAAAUUUGCUGUGAAGCACAGAAGAGACAAGAAAAAAUAAGAGAUGAUGCUAUUAACGCC